AGGGCAGCGGCUGUGGAGGGGUGGUUGUACGCGUGAGCGGCGCGGCGCGAGGCAGGCCAGCAUGUCGGGCGCGGGGCUCGAGAAGCCGCAGCUGAUCGCGCACUUGCAGCAGGCGCUGAGCUACACCGCCUUCCAGGCCCUCUGGGUGCCGCGCAGCGCGCGUUUCCUCUGCCUCGGCAGUCUCCCGCGCGGCGCCGGCAUCAUUCAGCUCUACGAGCUGCAGAGUGGCCGCCUCAGCCUGCUGCGCCAGAUUGAAAAGCCCAAGCCCCUUAAAUGUGGAACUUUUGGCGCUUCAUCUUUGCAGCAGAGAUAUCUAGCAACUGGAGAUUUUGGUGGCAACCUUAAUAUAUGGAACCUGGAAACUCCAGAGAUCCCAGUCUACUCUGUGAAGGGCCAUAAAGAAAUCAUAAACAGUAUUGAUGGAAUAGGCGGCUUAGGGAUUGGGGAAGGAGCACCAGAAAUUGUGACAGGCAGCCGAGAUGGAACUGUCAAGGUAUGGGAUCCAAGACAAAAAGAUACUCCUGUUGCUAAUAUGGAACCAGUACAGGGGGAGAGCAAGAGGGACUGCUGGACAGUAGUAUUUGGCAAUGCCUACAAUCAAGAAGAACGUGUUGUGUGUGCUGGCUAUGACAAUGGCGAUAUCAAAUUAUUUGACUUAAAAACCAUGUCAUUGCGGUGGGAGACCAACAUUAAGAAUGGGGUUUGCAGUGUGGAGUUUGACAGAAAGGAUAUAAAUAUGAAUAAAUUAGUGGCUACAUCACUUGAAGGAAAGUUUCAUGUGUUUGAUAUGAGAACUCAGCAUCCAACCAAAGGCUUUGCUUCAGUUUCAGAAAAGGCUCACAAAUCUACCAUGUGGCAAGUUCGGCAUCUGCCUCAAAACAGAGAUGUAUUUAUGACCAGUGGAGGGGCCGGGAACCUUCAUCUCUGGAAAUAUGAGUACCCUGCUCAGCGCUCAAAGAAGGAUUCAGAAGGAGUUGAAAUGGGAGUUGCAGGUUCAGUCAAUCUCUUGCAAAAUGUGACUUUGUCAACACAGCCUAUUUCUAGUCUUGACUGGAGCCCAGACAAAAGGGGCCUCUGUGUCUGCACUGCAUUUGACCAGACUGUGAGGGUACUGAUUGUUACUAAACUCAACAAAAUUUGACAGAGAAACUAUGAUUUCCAAUGUGGAAAGUGACUUAAUUUGUGGCUUAUAUAUAAGAGAAGGAGAAACUCUUUCUUAUACCUUGAAUUUCUUUCUUAAUAAACUAGCUUAAAGAAUUUUAAAAAAUCUUUCUAUUGAAAGUUCAAAUAAACUCAGCUAUGGUUGUUCAACUAUAGAUUAUGCUACUGUGACUUAGAGAAAGUUGCCUAGGCAUAAAACUUUUACCUUCUUGAAAUAUAUGUUUAUAUUCUUAAAAUAAAAUGUGCCUUCUCUUUUAACCUACCUACACAUUAGGAAUUAUUUUAAGUUCUAAUUUAACUGCAGUGUAUCUCAUGUAGCACUAAUCUAUUCAUUCUUGUUGCAUUGGGUAAUUGAGCACUUAGAAAUGCAUUUCAGGCAAAAUAACUUUCUCUGUACUUGACCACAUCUCUUAAAGUAUGUUGUAGCGACUCAGACUACCUUAUUGUGUUUAAAGAUAUUUAGAAACUGUAAUGAAUAUUAAGAUGUGAAAUACUCACAUCUAUUGGAAUAGCUAUUUCCUUAGAAAUGGUAUUACAAUUAAGAUGUUGAACAAAAGGACAGGGUUUUUUCAUGGUUAUGGCUCUUUUUGGAUUUUAUUUUGGUUUCUUACCAAUUUGUUACAUGGCAUCCUACAAAUAUAAA